AGAGAGAGAGGGAGAGAGAGAGAGAGAGAGAGAGAGAGAGAGAGAGAGAGAGAAACGCUAACACCGCACCGUAUCAUAUCCAAUUCCAAUUCAUCAUCACUCUUACGCUUUCUCUCUUUCUUUCCUUUUCUUCCAAAUUCUCUCUUUCUUUUUAACCUAACCCUACAAUUAUGCCCCAAAAUCCCAUUAACACAGAAAAUCGCAAUUACCCCAAUUUCCUCACCCUAGCGUAGAUCGAUCUCUUCCUCCUUCUACCGUUUUCGUGCAUUCGGGAAUUCCACUCCUGGUUCCCUGCUAUGUAUGGCACUUAGUAUUUUCCCUUUUUAGGAUUAGGGGUGGGUGGGUUGGUUGGUUGGUUCUUUUGGCUGCGUCUCGGUUAGGGUUCCCAACUUUGUCGCUUUGAAUGGAACCUCGUGUUGGGAAUAAGUUUCGCCUGGGUCGGAAGAUCGGAAGCGGCUCCUUUGGGGAGAUCUAUUUAGGUACUAAUAUUCAAACAAACGAAGAGGUCGCAAUUAAGCUUGAAAAUGUCAAGACAAAGCAUCCUCAGUUGCUGUAUGAGUCCAAGCUGUACAGAAUCCUACAGGGAGGAACUGGAAUCCCAAAUGUCAGAUGGUUUGGAGUCGAGGGAGAUUAUAAUGUUUUAGUGAUGGAUCUGCUGGGACCCAGUCUUGAAGAUCUAUUCAACUUCUGUAGUAGAAAGCUAUCACUGAAGACAGUUCUCAUGCUUGCUGAUCAAAUGAUCAACCGUGUUGAGUUCAUUCAUUCUAAAUCAUUUCUGCAUCGAGAUAUCAAACCGGAUAACUUUCUAAUGGGAUUAGGAAGGCGUGCAAACCAGGUUUAUGCAAUCGAUUUUGGUUUGGCUAAGAAAUACAGAGAUAGUUCAACACAUCAACAUAUUCCUUACAGGGAAAAUAAGAAUUUGACUGGAACUGCAAGAUAUGCUAGCAUGAAUACUCACCUUGGCAUUGAGCAAAGCAGAAGAGAUGAUCUUGAGUCUCUUGGUUAUGUUUUGAUGUAUUUCUUGAGAGGAAGUCUUCCUUGGCAGGGACUUAAAGCAGGAACCAAGAAACAGAAGUAUGAGAAAAUCAGUGAAAAGAAGGUUUCAACCUCGAUUGAAGCCUUGUGUCGUGGCUAUCCAACAGAAUUUGCAUCUUACUUUCAUUACUGCCGAUCAUUAAGGUUUGAUGAUAAGCCAGAUUAUGCUUACCUCAAAAGGAUAUUUCGGGACCUUUUUAUACGUGAAGGAUUCCAGUUCGAUUAUGUCUUUGAUUGGACCAUUUUGAAGUAUCAGCAAUCACAGUUAGCCACUCCUCCAACACGAGCCAUUGGUCCUAGUGCUGGAACCAGUUCUGGAAUGCCCCCAGCUGUUACUAAUGCUGAUAGGCAUACAGGAGGGGAAGAAGGGCGACCUCCUGCUGUGGUUUCAGUGGAUUCCUCAAGGCGCAGAAUGUCAGGGCCCAUUUUAAAUACUUUAUCAAGUGCCAAUGUCUUGGGUCAGUCAAGUGGAUCAUCGAGGCGAGUUGCUGUUUCUGGUAGUCGUGAUGCAUUUGUUGGUACCGAGUCGGAUAUUCGUACUCGCACUGCUGAAGCUAGCCCUGGAGUAGCGCACAGAGGUUUGAGUGGGCAAAGAAGUUCACCAAUUGGAUCUUCUGAUCCCAAGAGAGUUGUAGCAUCCGGGAGAAAUGUGAAAAAUUAUGACUCUGUACUCAGAGGAAUGGAAGGUUUGCAGUUAGAGAAUGAAGAGAGGACCCAUUAUUAAUAUCUCACCUAGUGAAUUUGUGAUUUGAUAGGCACUGCCAAAGUUGCUUAUGUUGCUAAGUUGAGCUGUGAGGAAAUUUGGAUCUGAACUUGAAAUUCUGGCUUUGUAUUGUGUUAACUCAUCUGCUCAAAUGGAUGAUGCUGAGAAGCUGAAAUAAUUUGAGCUAAAUCAGGGAUUGUGCUUGCUGUAUAGCUCAGUUUUAAUUGGCACUUCUGGCUGGAACUCCUAAGUUUUAUAACAUCUUUUUCUGUGAGUUAUUAUAUUGGUUUACCAGAUGUUUUACAGUUUCACGUGGAUUACAAAUGUCAACUAUCAAAUACCAGCGAAAAUUGUAAUUAGCCAUUGUACUCAUUCUGGGAUAAGUUUCCCCCUGGUUUCCACGAUGUAAUUCUCUGGCAAUUGUUUUGGUAUUAGGAACUUGAAUGUUCUUCCUUGAGAGGUUCCUACAAAAGCCUAAGUCACAAUCUCCAGUUUUUCUUGUAUGUAUUCUGUUUUGAUCUGUGAAAAAGGUUUUCAUUAAAUUGAAUUUAAA